UAAGUAAUCAUUUAAUUAAAAAAUACCUAAUAAAAAUGUGAACUAAUUUAUAAAAUGAAAUGUUAGUACUUUAUGUUAAUAAUAUUUUAAAGUUAAGUAGUUUAUAGCAACAAAUAUUAGUUUGAAAAAGAUUUUUGAUUUGUAAAUACUUACAAAUAGUAUAUAACAGAAGGAAAAAUUAUUUGGGAAGUGUCUUUUUAAAAGAGAAUAUCUACUUCUUAAUUAAUUUUUCUAUAAUGAGAAAACAUUAUAAGGGAAACAUUUACUGAUUUACCGAAUAAUAGUAUUUCUGUUUAGGACUCACAAUUUAACGUUUUUUUACUUGCGAAAUAUCUUUUUGAGAUCAACAUCCAAGUAAAGAAGUUGUGUAUUUCAGCACUAAAGACAAGACUGCAUAAUUAGUUUAAAAAAAUUAAAGGCGGGUAUUGUCACUUGCGAGGCGAAUUUAUUUGGCGAAGCGAACGCUUUGGCGAACAUAUCCCAAAUUUGCAUUGUGAAUGGCGAAUGAACGUAUUCGCUAAAAUAUGUCGUUGCCAUUGAAGCGCGUUCAUCCGAAUUUGACAUUUGUGUCAUUUAUACUUAAAAAUAUUUAUUAUUAUAUCAACUGAAAUUCGAAAAUAUGUUUAAUAACGCGGAUUUGUAUUUUGAGGAUAAUUACGAUGUGGAAACCCGAACUAAUCUUCUUCGACAGCGCCGUUUUAUUAGAGAUAAUUCUAAUCCUACAGAGCUACCUACAUAACACGAUAUUCGUUGCGAAUUUCCGCUUGAACAAGGACGCAUUUAUGUAUGUGCUGGAUAAAAUCAAAGGCAAAUUUCAUUGACGGAUGUCGUCUUCCAUAACGCCGAUGUUAAAAUUGUGUGCCGCGCUCAGAUUUUUUGCACAUGGCAGUUACCAAUAAGCUAUAGGGAAUGAAUUUUAGUUGGGACUUGCUCAGCCAACAGUUUCCCUUAUUUUAAAAGAGAUCAUACCCAUUUUGGAAAAUGAAAUUUGUCGUACCCAUAUAAGCGUAGAUAUGAGUGAAGAAGAAAAGCAGCAGGAGCAAAUUUUAUUCAAGAUCGGGAAUACCAAAUGUAAUAGGCUGCAUCGAUGGAGCCCAUAUUGCCAUUUAUGCUCCUACCACAACAAACACCUCUAUCUAAACAGAAAAGGAUUUUUUAGCAUAAAUGCAAUGAUUGCUUGGGAUCAUGAUAUGAAUAUCCGUUUUAUGAAUGCUAGAUAUGCUGGUUCUACACACGAUUCGUUCGUAUGGAACAAUAGUUCUCUAAAGGCAUGUUUAGAGGCAGCGCAUCAAAACGGAGAUCAGAACUCUAUUUAUUUAGGUGACUCCGGAUACCCACUAAGCCCUUAUUUAUUAACACCUUUCCGUCAUGCAGAAUCUGGAACUAGGGAGUCAAUUUUUAAUAAGAAGCACGCGAAAGCGAGAAAUGUUGAACGUACGAUUGGAGUUUUGAAAUGCCGUUUCAGAUGUCUUCUGAGUGCUAGAAAAAUGCGCUACGAUCCUGCUAAAGUAACAUCCGUUAUUAAUAUAUGCUGCGCCUUGCACAACAUUUGUAAAAAAUUUAGAAUCGGUGAUCCGGAGGAGGCUGAAACCUUCUUUGAUGCCGUUGUACCGUUGGAACCAAUUAAUGAAAAUGGCAAUGGUUCACCAGGAGAGCGCCGCAGAAGACAAAUUGCUGAUGCUUUGAUGUAAAUAAAACUAUACCGACUUCAGUGAAUAAUAUAUUGUAUUCUUUUAUUUUAUUCAAUACUUUGAAAUUCAAUAUUACAUAGAUAAUAAAUAUAUAAAAGUUACAAAAACUACAUGCUUUUAAAUUAAAUUUAAAAAAUCACAGAUUCAAUUAUGUCACUUACAAUAAUAAAGUAAAAAUAAAUUCAUCACAUGUUUUCUUAAAAAAAUGUCAAUUUCAAGUUCGGUUAAAAUAUGAAAUAAAAAAAAAAAUUCAUCACAUUCUUAUGGAAUAAACUGUAAACUAAAUUCAAUCUAUUUACAAGCACCCUAUUUACUCUAUUUUUUUUUUUGCAUUUUUAAUUUUAAAAUUUUUAGUUUUAUUUCCAUCUUUUCUUUAUGU